GGGUUACGGAAAGGGUUAGGUUUUAAAUCAGAUUUUAAGAAGAUAAAUUGUAGGAAUAGGCGGGGUUUAUGGUUUUGUCGCUGUGGUAACUAUUGACGACCCUGUACCCUGGGCAUCGGGAACAGUGAUAGGACACCAUUCAUCACCUUGCAGCCAACAUUGAUGAGAGCAAAAUAUAAGUCUAGAUAGCUUUUAAACGAACAUGUAGAAUCGAUGAAAUAAUGAGGGUAACCUUUCACAUACAGGUCACAUCAACAUUACUGUAGCUAGUUAUUUAGCUUUGCAAAACACAUUUUAGUUUUUCAUGCUCAAAAUCUGUCAUUCUUUGCUUCAUUUUGGGAAAUCACUAAAUUGGCCUCAGUCUGUCCACACAUGGAUCUGCCUGAAAAUCACAACAUUAUAAAUUCCCUGCUAAUUCGAAGGUUCAAAGGCAUCUGUGAUGGGUAUCUAACAAUAACUGCUCAGGCUUUGUCGAACCUCAAGCUGAUCAAUAUGUGAUAUUGAAGACAAGACAUACUGCACUAAGUUUCUGAUCAUAUCAGCAGCCUUUCUGGGUUUGCUCUUGAAGUGGGCUUUUCUGUUUACAAAUGGAGAAUGGAGACUGGGGCCAUAGGAUGACUAACCCAGUGACCUUGAAUGUGGGGGGCCACCUGUACACCACCUCCCUAUCAACCCUGCAGCGGUACCCAGACUCCAUGCUGGGCGCCAUGUUCCGUGGGGAUUUUCCCACAACGCGGGACGCCCAGGGAAACUACUUCAUCGACCGCGAUGGGACGCUCUUCCGGUACGUGCUGAACUUCCUACGUACGUCCGAGCUCACGCUCCCUGUGGACUUCACUGAAACUGACCUCCUGAGGAAGGAGGCGGAUUUCUACUUGAUCGAACCGUUGAUCCAUUGCCUCAAUGAACCCAAGCCGCUCUACCCUCUGGACAUCUUUGAGCAGGUGGUGGAGCUGUCCAGCACACGGAAACUAUCCAAGUAUUCAAACCCAGUGGCCGUCAUUAUCACACAGCUCACCAUAACAACCAAGGUGCAAGCCCUGCUGGAGGGAAUCUGCAAAAAUUUCACCAAGUGGAACAAACACAUGAUGGACACAAGAGACUUCCAGGUGUCCUUCACUUUUGGACCGUGUGACUACCACCAGGAAGUGACCCUCAGGGUUCACCUAAUGGACUACAUCAUGAAGCAGGGCUUCACCAUCCGGAACACUCGAGUGCAUCACAUGAGCGAGCGAGCCAAUGAGAAUACAGUGGAGCACCACUGGACAUUCUGCAGACCGGCUCGCAAAGUAGAAGACUGACUGUGCCACAGCUGUAGUCUAUGGAGUCACUUCCAUACAGUUUUCAUCAUCAUCGUUCUAAAAUGGCAACUUAUUGACAUUAUUAUGGUAUUGUUGAAAGAAAAAAAGAAGCUGGUUGGUCUGGUUGUAAUGAGAUUUCAUUGCCAUGAUGAUAUGAAAUCACUGUGUAUAAGACAAUAUCCUAUAAUAGGUUCAUCCUUCACAAUGGAAGAGAGAAGGUGCAAAUAACAAGUGAUAGAUUCAUACCUUAAUACUAUAAACACACUUUGAUUGUGAAAAUAAAAUAAUGCAUAAUAAUCAACAGUUCUUCUGUAAAUAUAUGGAUACAUCUGUCUUAUCUGAAUGUUAACAAUGUUGUCUGUUUAGGCAUAAAUUGCAUAUGGUUACGAUAUCUGCAUGGUGCAAUUGAGAGUCCAGGCAUUAUUGCAUGUUCAAUAUGAAGUAUUAUAUUUCAACAUUCUAGAGCUCAUGUCAUCAGUGAUGUAGUUGGUCUUAGAGCUGGGGGAUAUGGACAAAAAAACAUAGCGCCAUUGCCUGAAUUGAUGCAAUAAUGAUAAAUAGCUAGAUAAGUUUAAGUUUAUAACCAUGUGCACCACCAUUUAAAAAAAUAUCCUUUAAACUCCUACUACUAGUUUAAUGGUUGAACCAUCAAUUGUCCCAUUAACAAUCACCCAUAUUAGCAAACUUAUUUCAUUUCAAUCUUCACAUUUCUCUGGUAUAGGCUACUUAUUUGAUCAAAUUUGAUUUCUUGUAAUGAACGAUAUCAGUAAAAUACUUGCGAUAAGUGAUCGGUAUGGUCGGUGUCGAUCAUUUUCGGUUUAUCGUCCCAGCUCUAGUUGGUCUAUCCUACAAAUAAAUCAAUUUGUCAUAA